CUCCAAUCCUCUCUCUCUCCUCUUCUCUUGGUGCUGUUUUGUUUCUUGCACCUCUUGAGAGCCCUCCCCCUCUCUUCUUCUCUCCCUCUUCUUCCUCUCCCCAAUGGAGAGGCCGAAGGAAAUGGCACUCUUAUAUUCCGACAGCUUCUCGAGUCAUGAGCGUGGUUGCAGUGUUGACGAGGGUAUCGAUCGGAGAGACGGGAUCGAAGAGGUCGAUUUCUUCUCGGAGAGCCAUCGAAGAGACAACCAUGGUGGUGAUGCACGAGCUGGUGUUUCGCAUGAUCCCCGAGGGGAGAACGUAUCACCUCAGGAAGAUACAAGCAUCAACACCGCGUUGCAUCUUUUGACCAUGAGCUCACGGGUUGGCCAGGGAGCUGAAGAGGAGAAGAAACCUAACAACAAGCUGGCCAUGCUUCAAGGGGAGCUAAACCGAUUGGGAGAAGAGAACCGGAGAUUGAGGAUCAUGCUGGAGCAGCUCACUAGAAGUUAUGGUGUUCUUCACAACGAGUAUAUUUUAGCCAUGCAACAACGGGCACAGGAUUUCCGGCAUGGACAGGACAACAAGACCGAUACAUCGAGUCCGGUGGCAGUAUCCGAACACCAAUUCAUGGAACGUGGUCAAACUAGCAUGCAGAACUUCGGACAUUCUGGUGCUGAAGAUGAAGAACAAUCACAAUCUUUGAGCAACAACAUCGUCAACAGAGGUUCAAGGGAGCAAGGCAUUAUUCCACUCACCAAGAGACAACUACCUGUUGAUGAUGGUCCCUCCGAGCAAAGAUCACCUAGCUGGGGGAGUAACAAGAAUCCGAGGCUAAUGCAAGACACAAGCACUGACACUGAGCUCCCAUGCCGCAAAGCAAGAGUCUCAGUGCGCGCACGAUCUGAUGCCCCAAUGAUUACUGAUGGAUGUCAAUGGAGGAAAUAUGGUCAGAAGAUGGCAAAGGGCAAUCCAUGCCCACGAGCCUAUUAUCGUUGCACCAUGGCUGUUGGUUGCCCCGUUCGAAAGCAGGUGCAGAGAUGUGCCGAGGACAAGACCAUUCUUAUAACCACCUACGAGGGCACCCACAACCACCCCCUCCCCCAAACCGCCGCUGCCAUGGCCAACACUACGUCCGCCGCUGCCGCCAUGCUUCUCUCCGGCUCCACCACCAGCAAAGACUCCCUCAUGACCCCUGGUGGCUUCUUCCAAUCCGUGCCCUAUGCUUCCACCAUGGCCACCCUCUCCGCCUCCGCCCCAUUCCCCACCAUCACCCUCGAUCUAACGCAGUCCCCGAGUCCACUCCAGCUCUCGCGGGGCCAUCUGCCGUCAAUCCCGUUCUCGAUGCCGCCAUCGAUGUACCUCCCCCAUAAGCUGCUGCCUGGAGUGGUGGGGCCGCCGGCGGUGCAGUUUGGCCCAAGGCAGCAGUCAAUGGUUGAGACAGUCACCGCAGCAAUUGCAGCAGAUCCCAACUUCACUACAGCCUUGGCUGCCGCUAUCAAGUCAAUCAUGGGGUCUCCUCCGAGCACCAAUGGUCCUGGUGGUAGCAAUGGCUCCCCUUCUGGGCCUCAGGUAGGGCCCGGACCACCCCAGCUUCCUCAGUCUUGCACCACAUUUUCUACUAAAUAAAGGGAGUUAGAAUGCCUUGCAAUUAUAUACAGCUUCCAACCAGAUCGGUCUAUACAGGUUGCAUAUACCAUGAGAGUAAGUGUUAUAAUUAAAAUUUUUCGUCCAUCUUUCUAUAAGCAUAUUGUGUUGUUACCAGCAUGCUUUGAUAUACUAUCAAUGUUGUAAAUUAAUGGUAGGUGUUGCCUAACUAAUAUUUAUGUCAAGCCUUUGAAUUAGUUGGGCAAGGAAGGAUGUCUUGUACAUAAAUAUUUCCAAGAAACGAUGUGUAACAAAGAGAGAGAGCUAUUAUUCUACUUUUAUUUACCCUAA